CCUUUUUUUAAAACUAUAGUGAAUAAACUGUAUUAAUGAAUGAAAUGUGCAAGGUGUCUGAAUAAAUUUUGAUUUGACUGUAAGUGUUCUGUGAGGUGGUUUAAUAUUUAUACUAGACUCUACUUCAUGUUCAAAUGGCUUAGUUAAAAAAAAAAAAACACUUUGAAGAAAAAAGUUUGAAGUCAAGCAACAUUAUGAUGAAUAAUUCAUUAGGCAGUAUAGAAUUACCUAUUGCACAUGCAGCACCUGUCUGGCUUUUAGGUGAAAGUUGAUCCCAAUAUACACAGUAUAUAUAUAUGUAUAAGAUAAAGAGGGUCAAAUGACUUGUCUAAAAUGGCCCUUCAGCGUAAGAAACAAUAACUUGGUAACUGUAAUACUUAAAGGGAUUAUUAUAUCACCGAUACCGAUCUAUAGCUUAUAGCCUACUGUUUUCUGAAAGAAUUUUGUUUGUUUUUACUAAAAUGGUACAUGUGGGCUAAAGUGAGGCAGUAAAUGGAACUGUGGUGUUUUAGCAGAAUUAAUUUACUAUGAGUAUAAUGGUUAAAAUAUGGUUACUGUAGUAACACAAUAGUAAAUUAGUUAGUUUUUCGUUAUUACUCAACUUAGUAGCUAAUUACGAACGUUGCAUGUAAAUGCAGAAAAUACUGUUAAAAUGUUAUUGAUGAAAAAAAAAAGUGUAUUUAAAUAUUCUGAAUAUUUUUUUCUUGCUUUUUUGCAAAUAAUGUGCAGCAAAAUACGAAUUAAGGCCAUUUGAAAUGUGUCUCGCUGAAUGAAUAACUCUGGCUACAAAUUAUUAUUGUGUGUCUUGAGAAAAGAUAAAGAAACUGAACUGCCCGAAAAUAAUCUAAUUUAAUCCAACUGUUCUGCACGAAGGGCAGGAAUUCGCUCUCCUCCACUGUGUGGAUCUUCUUUAUGCCGAGAACAACGGGCUCAUUAUUUGGGAGGAGAUUGAGCCCGCGCGUUGUGAUUGGACGCUGGCUGCAGGUAGAAACGCACAGGUACAUUCAUACAUUCUCUGGCAAAUGAACAUCUCGGCGUUUUUGCUCGGUUAUCUUUUCGUCCGUGUCGAUUACAUCGACAUAUUUCCUCUCGAAGCUCAUGUAAAUUAUUGUUUGAAAGAUACGAAUAUGUACCGUUUUCACAACGAGGCAUCACAAAUCUGUAGCUUGGCGCGAUCAGAGUCCUCGGGUGCUCGAGGUUAAAUCGUUUUCUUUUUGCCCUAAAAAUAAACAGUGUUCAUUGCCUCUCAUUUCUGUUCGAGCGUUUGAUCCGACCCUCGGAUAUCCCCUUUGGGUAAAGGACCUUUGACAUUACUAAUACUCAGCCAAGUGAACAGAAUGACUGACACAUGCCUGCAGCUGCUCCUUGUCUUGAUGGCAACAGGUCUGUCAACAUGUGUGGCACAAGUGUGCGGCAGGCCUCCGCUAGGGAAACGCAUUGUGGGAGGAGUUGAUGCAUCAGCAGGGGCGUGGCCAUGGCAAGUGGACAUUCAGAUGGGAGCCAAUGGCCAUGUUUGCGGUGGAUCCAUAAUUGCAAAAAAUUGGGUCCUCUCUGCUGCACACUGCUUUCCUAACCCCUCAGAAGUGUCUUCAUAUCGCCUGUACAUGGGACGCCAUCUGCUUAAUGGCUAUAACCAGUUUGAGAUGGUCAGUCAGGUGCAGCGGGUGGUUGUUCCAGAAGGAUACUCAAACCCUCAGGAGGGCAGAGACAUAGCCUUAGUGCAGCUGCGCUCUCCGGUCACCUGGUCAGACAGGAUUCAGCCUGUGUGUCUGCCAUAUGCUGGCUUCCAGUUCAACAGUGGAGCCUUAUGCUACGUUACGGGAUGGGGACACACUCAAGAGGGCGUCUCCCUCACUGGACUUGGGGCGCUACGGGAAGUGCAAGUGCCCAUUAUCGACCAGUCUUCCUGCCAAUCAAUGUAUCAGAUUUUGUCAUCUGAUUUAAUAACAGUUGAUGUCCUAUCAGACAUGAUCUGUGCUGGAUAUAUGGAGGGAGGCAAGGAUUCCUGUCAGGGGGACUCUGGAGGGCCUCUGGUUUGUCCUGUUGGCAAUGGGACGUGGAUUCAGGCAGGAGUUGUGAGUUUUGGACUUGGGUGUGCUCAGAAGAACCGGCCAGGUAUCUACUCCAGAGUCUCAAGCUUUGCGAGCCUCAUCCGCAACACAGUUCCAGAAGCUCAAUUUUUUGGUCAUGCUUGGAGGAGUGAAAGUCAAACACCUCUGGUUCUAGGCCUCUCUAUUGUGUUAGUACUGUUUUGUUAAAAAGAUCCAAUGUACAAGUUAAAAACAUUUUGAUACAUUUUGAAACACCACCAGUUUUGUCUGUGUGGCAUUGAUUUGCCAUGUUUUGAAUGCUGUUGUGGUGCAAAAAUUGAAUGCAAAGCUUCAAAGGUGUUGCAGAUUAUUUUAAAUAACGUAAUAUGUGAUAUGUUUUUAUGACGGAGUGAUCUGGCCAUCUGAUCCUGCCUAAGCACAGAUAUAGUUGUUAUAUACUUGUGUAUUAGAUAUCUUUUAUGUGAUUGCAAUAAUGUCAUCAAGACCUCAAAACACUUUAAAAUGCCAAUAUCCUAAUUUAUAGGAUAAAUUCAAUAUGAUUUUGUAUUUCUUGUUCUGAAUAUUUGUAAUGAAAAUCAAAUUGAUUUGACUGCAUAAGACAUAUUAUUGCACAUUACAAAUACUGCUUUCACUCAUGCAUUCAAUAUCAGUGUUAUUUUAGAAUUUAUAUUAAAUUAGUAUGUCA